AUAUUAUUAAACUCAGUAAUUCGCCUUUCGAGAUUACACAUAGUUUACAUGUAGUAGCACGAAGAUAGUGCUGCCAUCGUACACCAUUUUAGAGCAACUAUUAAAAAAAUAGCAAAUUUUAUCUAUACCCUGUGCGGGUACUUCAUAAUCUCAUACACGUUUUGUGUCGCCGCCAUCGUAUACGUUAUUUCCGUGCUAAGUACUUUAAUUAUAAUAUUUGGCUAUAAUUAGCGUGUUUUAUCAUGGGAAAACGUAAGUUUAGUGAUAAUGAAGAAUAUUAUGCACGGAAAAUAAAGAAGUUGGAGCAGAAAAUGAAAAAAGUGCGACGGGAACGCCGAGGGGAGUCGUCGGAUUCGGAUUCGUGCAGUUCGGUGUCGUCGUAUGCAGAGUACGAGGAGGAAGUGGUAAACGAGCUUGGUGUGGAUCAUGCUUCCGAGCUGGAGGUUCCGCAAAUCGAAGGACCCCAAGAGGAAAACCAACCAUCUCCAGUCCUUGAUCCUCUGCUAGAAAUAACGCCGGAGCUAGAUCCGAGUAUUUUGAACAUUCUAGGUGACGAACCAGCUAAAGAAGAAAUAUUUAGCAAGGCGGUUCACAAGGAUAUUGCUAGCCGAUGGUCCGAUAUACUGAUCAAUGGUUUAAAGGAGGAUGUCAAGAAGGAAAUUAUUUCAUGUCACGACAUCCCUGAGAAUCUUACGUUACUGCAGAGUCCUAUACUAAACCCUGAAAUCAAAGCGGCGGUCAACGAAAACUCACAUAAGAGAGAUGGUAUCUUAUCAGAAAAACAGAGAAGUAUGGCUUGCGUAAUAACAUGUAUAGCCGACUUAAUGUCAUCGAAUUUAGAAAAUUGUUCCGACGCCGCUGAGAAUAAAGAAAGUUUGAAGCUACUCAGCGAUGCAGGCCGCUUGUUAUGCCAUGUACAUUACGAAGAGACUUCAGCUAGAAGGACCUUUUUACAAGCUUGUCUUAGCAAAGACGUCAAAGAAAAUAUAAAGGACCUGAAACGAGAUAGAUUCCUUUUUGGUUCUGAUCUUUCGGAGAAACUGAAAUCUAUGAAGGCGAUAACGAAGACGGGCGCGGAGAUGAGACCUGCCUCAACGAAACCGAAGCCUCCACCUAAGGGCAGACCGGCAGAAGCGGGACCUUCGAGGGCUUUAAACUGGCGGGGCCCGCCACCGCCGGCAUCUCGGCGCGGGUACGCGCGGACGAGCUCGACGGCUGGUGGGCGCAGGCAGCCGGCAGCGACAGCGACGCCGCGCGGCAGCGCGCGCCGCGACCCGCGGCAGCGGAGCAGCAGGCCGGCCGCCAGUCGGCGCUAAGCAGCGAGUC